GAAUGAAGGAGAACAUCACCAGGACUUGUUUAAACUAAUUAUUUGUAAUUCCUAUGGAUCACAAGAAGUACAAAAAUUGACAGAUGAUGACAGUACCUUGAAACUAACUAGUCAAACUUAUAUCGGUUGUGAUUGGGAAUUUGAAGAUAAAGAGACUCAUUACAACACAAAAGAAGCUGAUGCAUAUGAAGAGCAUGAAUCAUGCAGUGCAACCAAAGAGCCCAAGAAGCCAAUUACAGUCUCCGGGUGUAUGGAUCUAUUUGUGAAUAAGGAAGUGCUAGGAGAGGAUGAUGCCUGGUAUUGCCCUCAGUGCAAGGAGCACGUGCAAGCUAGUAAGAAGUUUGAUCUGUGGAAGAUGCCCGAGAUAUUAGUCAUACAUCUCAAGAGAUUCUCUUAUAACAGGUACUUUAGAAACAAGAUUGAGUCGAAAGUUGAGUUCCCUCUUGAGAAUUUAGAUCUCUCGAAAUAUGUGGUGAAUGAAGAAGAGCCCCAGCCACUCUAUGAUCUGUUUGCUGUUUCUAAUCACUUUGGUGGGCUAGGAGGAGGACACUAUACUGCUUAUGCUAAGAACAAAGAUAAUGGGAAGUGGUACAGCUUUGAUGAUAGUCAUGUCUCUGAGGCAUCAGCUGACUCAAUAUGUUCAUCAGCUUCUUAUCUCUUAUUCUAUCAACGUAAGACUGAAGGAAGGCGUAAACCCGAGCCUCUUAAUCGUUCUCUUAGCGUUUCCUUUGAUGAAGAGGUAAAGGAAGAAAACAUCAAGUUUCAGAAGAAGCAGCAGCAGCAACAGCAAUCUAAACAAGCGAAUCUCAUCAAGGAAGAAGCUGAAGAAAACCAAGAUGGAGAGGUUUUAGAAACAUCAUUAUAACUCGUUUUAAUUUUUGUUAUUUUCUUUCU